CCCGCCUCCUCAACCGCGCGUCCGCAGCGGUGUUGACUGAGGACGCCAUCAGCACCGCGCGCGCACGCUCCCUGCGCAGGACAACCUUUAUUAUUUUUUAGCGGGCUCUUCGUGGCGCAUCGUCCCGGCUCCCUGUCUCUCUCAGCUCCCGGGGGAGGACACCGGACGUGCUACAGCGACCAACAUCCACGCGUGGAGCCGCGAGAUAACGGCUGUUGCUGCGUGGGGGGGCCAGACAAGCGUCCCACUCACGGAACGGCCUGUCCGGCGAUGGCCAGCCAGGCUGCGGAUCGCGACGUCCGGCCGGGGUGCGUGGAGUCGGCGAGCCACCCGGAGCCAGCAUGCCGGGAGGCGCAGAAGUGGAUUGAGGCGGUCACAGGGAAGAGUUUCGGAGACAAGGACUUCCGCAGGGCCUUGGAAAAUGGCAUCCUGUUAUGCGAGCUGCUCAGUGCAAUCAGACCAGGCCUGGUCAAGAAGAUCAACAGACUGCCCACCCCCAUCGCCGGCCUGGACAAUCUUUCCGUCUUCCUGCGAGGCUGCGAGCAGUUAGGCCUGAAGGGCUCACAGCUUUUUGACCCUGGUGACCUUCAGGACACGUCUAUAAGAGCCAACCUCAAGGACUCCGACUGCAGCCGCAAACUUAAAAACGUGCUGAACACCAUGUUCUGGCUGGGAAAAGCUGCUCGCGGCUGUGCCUCCUACAGCGGACCAACGCUCAACCUCAAGGAGUUUGAAGGACUGCUGGCACAAAUGAAGAUGGACAGCGAGGAGUCGGCGGACGGCUCCCAGAAGCGCAGCGUUCGUGACAGUGGCUACGACUGCUGGGACUCGGAGCGCAGCGAGUCGCUCUCUCCGCCGAGACAUACUCGAGACAACUCGCUCGACAGUCUGGACUCCUUUGGCUCACGCUCGCAGCACAGUCCUUCACCCGAUGUGGCCAACCGAAGCAACACAGACGGACGAGCCAGCGACUUGGAGGCCGACGCCGCCGGCAGGAAGCCAGAUAUGCAGAAGGACGACAUGUCGGCCAGACGGAGCGCCAGCGGCGAAUCACGUAGCUCCAUUCCCUUCAACCAGUUCCUCCCCAACCGAAGCAACGCCAGCUCCUACGUGCUGAACCCGCGGCGGAAAUCCCACGUGGAGGACGGAGAGCAGCGCAGUCACGGUCCUCCUGGGCUGACUGAGGGCAAAAAAAUGCCCUCCAAAAACCCAAAGACUGUCACCUGGGCGCCGGACAGCAACAGCGGAAAAGCCAGGCAAGAGGAUGACGAUGUAGCGAAGGAAGUGUCGGAACCGGCGAGGCUGCAGAAGUUGCAGAAAGAUGCAAUAAAAGUUCUGCCUGCUGUCCUUCGCUACAGCAGCUCCCCCUCCUCAUCUUCUGCCGCCGAGGAGCAGCGGCCCCUGCGAUCCCCUUCCCCGAAUAUCGUCCUGCGGCGCGACAAUGACUUUUUGAGCUCACACAAAGCCGCUUGGGAUUCCUCCUCUGACGGGGAGGGCGAGGCGGAGGGGCAGAAGGUUCCCGAUGUUAGACGCGAUGACCUGGCGUCCCGGCGGGCCCCUCGCGGGCCUGUGGCGCCCCGGGUGCAUCAGUUUGUGCCGUCGCCCGCCUGCAGCAGUAAAGACAGGGAGCGCUGGGAGGGCAUUCGCCGCUCGUCGCAGCAAACACUCAGCAGCGAGGGGGAGAAAAUCCCUGACAUGGUUAUGCGCAAAGACUCCGGCCCACGUCGCAGGCAGGGUGAGGAAGAGGAGGUUGCCAGGGCGACGGGAGAGGCAGAGGAUGAGGGAGGCGAGGGAAAGGUUAAAGCCACGCCCAAUGUGCAGACGGACGACCUGGCUCUUAGGCGGGCUCAGGCUAGGCCACGCCCCCUUCACAGGGACGGCCCGGUGAGCUUGGCGUCCGCUGCCAUGAGCAAAGCAGACCUGGAGAAGUGGGAGAAGCUGAGGAUGACUGAACCCAGCGAGCCUAGCCCCGCCCCCGUCUGUCAGGCUUGUCUGGAGAAAACGUACACAAGUUCCCCAGGCGGACGGGGUCACAGAAAAUCGGUGACCUUUGGCGGCGUGACCGAGAUCGGACAGCCAGUAGGCUCGUUCGCACUAAGCGAAGGGUCAGGGUGGGAGUUGCUAAGACGACUCCUCUCCAAGGCGACGGUCGCCGUGCCGACCAUUGGCCUGGGCUCCCUGCUCGCAGAGCGGGAACGCAGCCUCACUGAUGGAGGGCCACCCUGUGAAACGACAUCCAACCUUUCACCUGGGGCUCCAGAGGCUCCUUGCUCUCCUGCUGAGCUGGACGCCUGUCUGGAGAAGAGGAUGAAGGAGGAGCAGGAGGAGGAGGAGAAUGAGGAAGAGAGGACGCCAGAUGUUCGUAAAGAUGACAUGAUGGCGAGAAGAACGGGAGUUUUCCACAAGCAAAGUACGUCGGCGGCAUCUUACAACCACUUCCUGCCUCUGCCGGCCUCCAAGCGCUGCCCCCGAGGCGAGGUGGGCUAUGCAGAAGUGGACUGGAUGAAGAACGGCAACGUCAGAGGAGCGAGGGAUGCAGGCAGGGAUGAGAUUGCAAAUGUAACAGAGAAGCAGGACCAUGUUGAUGAUGAUGAUGAAAACGAGCCUGUGCCUGUCCUGGAGAAGGAUGACAUGAUGGCUCGUAGGACCGCAGCCUUCCAUAAAUCAAAUUUGGCCUUCAGGCAGUUCCUGCCAAUGCCAGGGGCGCUUAAAUACAACGCCACCACUCACGCUCCUGCGGUGAAGCAAGCCAAUCUCGCUGAGAAGGUGGCGAGCGAGAGCCUGGUGGUCACUCCUCGGCUCCACUGUCUCAGCAGCGGCGUCGGCAUGGUGACCCAACGUCAGACUCCGCCCCCUGAACCCUGUCCCAAGAAGUGCAUUGGGCUGGAGGAGAAAAAAGUGGACCCUUUUAAAGCCCCUGCUUCCCUGUCCUCUCCAUCCCUCCGCUCGGAGGCUGUCCUCGCGCCUUGUAGGGAGGCGGAGUUAGGAAGUAAGGUGGCGAGGGCUGAGGAAAGGAUGGAAGAGAGCAAAAAGGAUGACGCGCCAAGAAAGAAAGCCUUCUGGGUGGAGGAUGAUGAUCUGCCACCAAUAAUGGUGAACCGGCGAGUUGCUUUAAUGUCUGAGGACGCCGAGAGCGUGAGCCUGAGCGAUAUUGUCAACGAGGACGAGGCGGGACAUUUUCCGCACUCGCUCAGCGUGUCGCGUCACGAGCGCAUGCAUGAGCAGUACAACAGCUUCCAAGAGGAGGACGACCAGUGGCGAAGCGACUUGGCGCGGUGGAAGACCCGGCGUCGCUGCACCUCGCAGGAGCUGAUCAAGAAAGAAGAGGAGAGGAAAAGGAUGGAGAGAAUGAAAGAAGAGGGAGGCGACUGCAACAGGAGGAAGAGCAUCAAGACCUACAAGGAGAUUGUGGAGGAUAAGGAGCGCCGAGAAGCAGAGCUGUGCGAGGCCUAUCGCAACGCAGCCACUCCAGAGGAGGCGGCCAUGGUUCUGCAACGCUACGCUCUCCGCUUCACCAUCAGCGACGCCACUCUGGACUACCUCAAGCUCCCCAGGUCCACCUCGGACCCCGAAGAGGCCCUAAAUCAGGCGCCCCACACGCAGGAAGCAGUUAAUGAAAUGUUGGAGGAGCCAGCAUCAACAGAAGAGGACAGCAUGAAAUGUGAAGAGAUAAAAACAGUGACACUUGACACUUUCUCCAACCCGCUGACGCCCACCGGGACGCUCCACUCUCCAGAAAACACAUCCAAAGAAUUCAACCAACGUCCAAUCCUAACACGUCCAGAACAACUAAUCCCUGUGGAUGCUCCCUCACAGCCCAGAAUCAACCCACCUGAGGUCACACAAAUGCAACCUCCCACCGUAAAGCCCGUACUGACGAUACCCUCGCCUUCAUCGGCACCUUCCCGACCCGUCCCUCUGCUUGCCGCCAAGCCCUACUGCCAGCCUCGGAGCUCACAUGGAGUCAAGAUGGACGGCCUCGUACGGAUAAACGGGGACUCGCCCGCUUCGCCGUCAGAGAAGAAAGACUUUUUGGCAAACGAGGCUUCGUCUUUGGAUCCUGAAAGUGUCCCCGAGAUGCCAGACAAGUUCCAUACUCCUCUUCAGGCGUCAUCCUCCUCGUCCUCUUCCUCGUCCUUCUCGUCGUCCUCUUCCACCAUCAGCUCGCUGUUCAGCGGGAGAAACUGCAUCACCAAGACCACCAUCGUCACGGAACUCACCCAAACGGUGGUGGAGCCACACCAACUGGAGGUUGACGACCAGAUGAACAACACUACCACGUUUGAGAAGGCAACAGGAGAGCAGCCGGCUCGGUCGCCAUCUUUAUCAUCAUCGUCGACCAUCAGCAUCCCGGAAUAUUCUCCCACCGUCACAGAAGGACUGGAGGAGAGCAGUGUGAGCAUUGAGACCCCCAUGUUGAACUUGGCUAAACGUGUUAAUCACUGGGUCUGGGACCCCAAUGAGGAGCGUAAACGGGUGGAAAGGUGGCAACAAGAGCAGGAGCGCCUCCUUCAGGAGCAGUACCAGAAGGAGCAGGAGAAGCUGAAGAAGGAGUGGGAGAAGGCUCAGCUGGAGGUGCGGGAGCAGGAGCGCAAACACAACGAAGAGGAGAGAAAGAUUUUGGAGGAGACUGUAGCGCCCCUCCAACAGCAGCUAGUCCAUCCGGGGACUGCGUCCCCAGCAUCACACGACAACGACGACGCCAUUCGCAAUCUCAUUCAUGAGCAAAAUGGGCAAAAAGAAGAUCAGCAUGUGUCAAAGCUGCAGUUCCUCCAAGAUUCUUCUCAUGAGAGUGAGACAUGUAAGAAGCAGGACAUGUGGAAAACGACAUCCCUGGACCGUAACCUUCAGCCGAAUCUACCACAAGGCGUGAAAAGGUGCGAUUCCCAUGAGGGUAUCACAGCAAAACAGCAGCAGUUGCCUCCAUCACCCACCAGGUGCGUUAGCGGGAAGAGGCUGUGUUCCGGCUGUUCACAGCCGCUGGGAAAAGGAGCGGCCAUGAUCAUCGACACCCUCGGGCUGUUCUUCCACAUGCAGUGUUUCAAGUGCGGCCUGUGCGAGGGGCAGCUGGGGGACGUCACGACUGGGACGGACGUAAGGAUCCGUAAUGGACUGCUGACUUGUCAUGACUGCUACAUUUCAUCUCGCGGCAGAGGACAGCCCACCACACUAUGAUGGCCUAUCACCUCUCUACUGCAAUCCUGGAGGUUACACUUUUGCUAUCAGUGUUGGGAAACAUCCAGAACCUUGAGUAAUAUUCUGGACAUAUCUAGGACCUCCCAAGCACACAAACCGACCCUGAUCGCUUUAAAAUCCUUGUAUUUAACCCUAAACUGGAAAAUAAUGGACAGCAGAUAUUCUAAAGAUGCAUACAGGAGUGUGUUUGUCCGCUGGUGCAGUUGUGUAGCAUGAUAAGUGUAUUUAUGACGGCUAUACAAGCACUAAGCACAAUACAUCAAACCACACACGUGACUAACACAACUCUCAUUUUAUGUUAGAACUCGUCGCGUGUGAUGUCAAGGUAGCUCCACCAUUAUAAUGCCUUACCAUCUCAUUCUUUUCCUGGGUUCAUGCAUUUAUACUUAUGCAUGCGCAUAUACAAUAUAAGUUAUUGCAAUUGUCCCUCUGUGGGAAUCGCAUUGGUUUGACUUGCUUCUGGAGAGUUUGCUAUUUAAGUUUGUCAUCACUUCAGAAUUUUACAAUGCAUGAUAUUGACACAAAAUGAUGGAGUUUAAGUCUUUUCCCUUUAAGGUGUUUUAACCGUUGAACCAGUGCCUUAUGUGUGGAAUGUAAGUGUAUGUGUGGGCGUUUUUAUUUGACAUGCACCUACCGAUUUGCGCGAGCACGUGUGUGUGUGUGUAUGUGUGUGUGAAAGGACUUGAAGAACAGUUCCAUACCAGCAAAUGAAAGAAGUGGCUCAGCCUCUCCUCAUCUCAUCCAGCGCCUCUUAUUGUAUAAUGUAAACCAAUUACACUACUUGCUGCUUCCCCGCUUGUUUUUAUUAUAGAAUUAUUCUCUCCUUUGUCAUUUCAUCACAUCCCUCACGCUGCCCUCGUCUGCCUCUAGAAGUCUCGCUUCCUCCCGAGUUUGAGCUCGGCGCCUCUUUGUUUCCGCUCGCUGUGAAACGCUCUGCUCCGUUGUCUUUUAUAGCAAGUGUAUGUUUGUCAAUAAACUUGCUGUUGCAA